AUGCUCCCCAUUUUCGUCUUCAUCUGCCUAACAGCCCAAAUAUUUGCGGCACCAACUCUUUACGAUGAUGUAUACAACUACUCCAACGACCUGUCCGAGUUUCUGGGGAGGGUGAGCAAGCAUAUUGAGCACUCAAAAGACCUUCUCAGCUCAGCUACGUGCGACGCAUCUCGCAUCGAAUUGCCAGCUUAUGCGUCCGGGCUGCCCUCCCCUUCGGACCAGCGACUUCUAUAUGUUGCACUUGGGCGUGGUACACAGAACUAUACCUGUGCGACAUCAUCCACGAACUCGACUCCCGUAGCCGUAGGCGCUGUUGCAAACCUUUACAAUGCUACUUGCCUUGCGGGAAGCUUCUCAGACAUGCUUAACAUGCUGCCGAACAUUGCAUACAAGAUACCUUUACCGGGUAGCGAGUCGGAUCGCCUUCCACCGGCAAAUCUUGAUCUGAUGGGCCAUCAUUUCUUUGACGGACCGACACCCGUUUUUAACCUCGACACCACGGCAGCGCAUCAAUACGGUAUCGCAAGAACGAAGAAGGAGGCUCAGAUUGAUGCCCCACCGAGCGCUAUUCAAGGGAACAACGGGGCUGUUGCAUGGCUUUAUCUCUCAACCACCAGUGGCACAGUAGGGGAUUAUACAGGCGUAUAUCGGGUUGACACUGCUGCGGGAUCACCACCCAAAACCUGCAACGGCAUGCCAUCACAAUUUACAGUUCAGUAUGCAGCAAACUACUACUUUUAUGGGAAAUAA